GUGGACAUAACAUUCAUGGUGAUACCCACCGGGUGGCAUUUAAACAUAACGUAACAAACAUGGCAGCUUCCUUGCUUCUUUACAAACUUCUACCUCGGUUUCGCGCUGAGCUUCGCCGGAAGUGCCCUUGCCGCGCGUUCUCGUCCACGACAGCUGUCAGUCAGUUGCACCGAGAGGAGGGCACCGCCCCCGUGGCUCUGACCGGGAGAGUGGAUCGAUUCGGCGGAGUGACAGUGGACCUGGCAUGCGUCGGUCUGCCGGAGGACAUCAGUGAAAGUUGUUUUAGUGCGGUCCUGAAAGAGUCUCUGGCCCGGUGGAAGGAGGAGGGCAAGGUGGCCGUGUGGCUCCGAGUCCCCAUCGCACUGAGCCGCUGUGCCGCCUCCGCCGCCGCCCACGGCUUCAUCUUCCAUCACGCCCAAGAUCACUACUCCGUCCUGGCCCUCUGGCUGGGGGCGGGUCAGAGCAGGCUACCUCGCUUUGCUACGCACCAAGUCGGUGUUGCAGGCGCAGUUGUGGACGAGUCCAAUGGGAAGGUGCUUGUGGUGCAAGACAGAAACAAGAGUCUGAAUGCUUGGAAGUUUCCCGGCGGUUUGUCAGAUCCAGGAGAGAAUAUCGGAGUGACGGCGGUGCGGGAAGUCUUUGAGGAAACGGGCGUUCGCUCCGAGUUCCGAUCCCUGCUGAGCAUCCGGCAGCAGCACCGGCACCCGGGCGCUUUCGGCGUGUCCGACAUGUACAUCAUCUGCCGCCUCAGCCCGCUCAGCUACCGCAUCAACUUCUGCACCCACGAGUGUCUGCGCUGCGAGUGGCUCGGCCUGGCCGAGCUGGCCCGGACCGCCGAGACCACGCCCAUCACGUCGCGCGUGGCCAAGCUGCUGCUCCACGGCCUGGAGCGCGGCUUCCAGCACAUCGACCUCACCAUGGAGGAGCUGCCGGCGGUCUAUUCUGGGAUGUUCUACCAGCUGUACCACCGACAGAUUCCUCCAUCUUAGUCGCGGGGUCAGGACCGGACCUGGUUUUCUUUGGACUUGCGUGCUGUGCGUUCACACAAAUCAACACUACUGCCUACUGACGGACUUCAACGCCGUUGAGCCCACUCAGGCCAUGUGGGGAAAGCUGGUUAUGUUUUAAGAUCCGCAUUUCAGACAGCAACAGUGCAUUUGACAAAAAGAUGUCCUGUCAUCCCAACUCAGCAAACACCAACAAACCACUGGGGGCAGUGCCCCUACACUUUGAAGACCUGAACCCAGUAUAAAAAGUAUGCGAUUUUAAGUCCCAGUUGGAGUUGGGUGUGUCAUUUCGCUGCCGGACCGUGGCGGGUUAGGGGUUGGCCUUUGUUCGCCUUCACUUUUUAACACUUAAAAGCUAAAAAAAAAGUGUUUCAAAUGAAUCAAGCAUGUUCCAAAUGAAAUGUCUUUUCAAUGACAUUAGGUUAAUGCAUGUUUCUGUGAAAAUUGGAGGAGGAGAUACCGUUACUGGCUCAUUGGCAGACCUCAAGUCCAGUUGCAGAUGCACAAAACUUGAAAAAUCAUCUGAACACUACGAAAUACGCAGUGCACUUGAACGGCUCAUACAGUGAUCCCCCGCUUACCGUGAUUCAUUGGUUCCAGACCGAACCGUAACAAGUGAAUUUCCACAAAGUAGGAUUCCUUCUUUACAAAUGGAAUCUUUUCAUUGUUAGAUCACAACUUUCUAAAUACAUUUUUUACCAUUAGAGCCCUCUCGACUUGACAUAACACAUAUAUACAUAACACCCCUAUAGUCACUUUUACACUCCUAUUACCCAAUAUAGUAGACAUAAUAAGACAUAAAUAAGACAUAAUAAAAACUCACGCGCAUUAGCAUUGGGAGAGUUCCUUGUUCUUUUUGUACUUCCUGCUAACAUUACUGACACCUAGGGACCAGUGUAGAAUACUAUAUAUUACAACAUGUCUGUUUUAUUUCAUUGACCCAUUUUGAUGCUUAAAUGCUUUUUUUGUACUACUAAUAGGUCGUAUUCAACCACAAAACAGGGAUGAUUUAUGAAUUAAAAUAUUUUUCAACAACCAUGAUAGAUUGGAGCCGUAAAAUUUGAAGCACAAAGUGGUGAGGGAUUACUGUACAGAGUUGUCAAUUGGUCUGCGUGCAAAUUAUGAACAAAUAAAAUUAUGAGCAAACAAAAAAAAAAAAACACCCGCACACGCAGAAUAAUGAUGAAUGCGUCCCAACUCUAAAAAAAAAACAAAAAACACUUCCAUUCUUCACAGAACCCGAGACACCAAUGCCGAGAUGCUUCGUUUGGGCACUCGAUUCCGCAGAACGAUAGGCAGCAAAUUGACUUGUUAAAGUAAGUCUCGGUUUGGCAAUAAUUUGUCAAAAAACGUAUCCUUCGAAAGCGCAGACAUACAAAAACCAAGGUAGCAGUCGAUUUGAUUUUAUCAGUUGGUGACUUCCCUCCCAAGACUGAAACCUGCUUUAGGGGCAUGGUCGUGUUUGAUGAGUUGGGAAGCAGAAACCAUCUAAGCUAAUGUCUAAGCUAGCUUCGUCAUCUUCUUUCAUUGCAGGAAGCUGCCAGUCACUGGACUGAACUUCACUUGCCUUGGAUUUGGUGUUUGUGUUCUGCUCCAGUGCGGUGCAAAGACUGCAAGACACCUCGGGAAGAUGCAAGUCCUCUUAAGUGUUUUAAGUUCAAAAGGUGUGUCAAUGCCCUUCUUUAAAAGGUCAGAAGCUGAAGUUGUCUGCAGCAUUCUUUUCACUCUGCAGUAAAAAGCCAAGUCGCGAUUGUUUAAAAAAAACGCGAGCAGGUGUGUGGGGAAUAAAUGAGUCGUAAAAGAUCACAGCUAUGCCAGGCAGUGGCGGCAUACAGUACCUUCCUUCACUGCCAUCACACCUAAGACGUUUACGUUUAGCCAACCUCAUCCCUGGUUAGCAUUUGCUGGACAUCGGGAGAAAGAGUAUCGCCUUCUGACCCGGUCCGGUUUUGCUUCCCGACUUGUACUGGCCUGUCCGCUUCAGCGCCACGUACAUGGUGGGGUAUUUCCUGGAGCGGUAAGUGUUGUAGUUGUUGCUCUCCAGACGCUCCAAGAAGUAGCAUUCCUCCGUUGCGCGUCUCUGAGGGCGAAGACCAGAUGGAAUUAGACAAGGUGUCAAAAAGUAUCGGGAAAUCUGCCUCGUUUCCACCAAGCAGUGCAGUUUUUUUUGGUAUUGGCUUUUUUGCCGAUAUCCGAUAUGCCGAUAUUGUCCAACUCUCAAUUUCCGAUUCCGAUAUCAACCGAUAUAGAUACCGAUAUGUGUAACUUCACAAACUGUAUCUCCUGUCAUGGAAUUAACACGUCUGUUGUGAAGCAAAUGGAUAAAGCAUCAGCAAUUAGCUUCUCAACAUGGCUGUAAAUAACACUGUACAACUCGUGUAAGCAAGCAAGCAUCUGAGAAAUACUUGUGAUUGGGCACGGCAGAGCGUGGCUCGAGGAACUCCACAAGUUAGUACCGCAUCUGCCUGCCGCUAUUCCCGUGUUUUUUUACAUUCCCGCUACUCCCCUCACCAUUAGCGGUGUUUUAACAACCCAUCACGUCCUGCCACCUGCAUCGGCGUGUGGACUGUUAUGGCGAGCGGACUCUCUGCCGCACGCACACGGACUACUUUAGCAACUCCUAAACUUUGUGUAGAAACACGCCCACAAAUGUUGCUCAAAUUGAUGUUACAGAUGUCCACCAUAUCCUGUGUAAAGUAUUAACUACAUAUUAGCAGCAAAUUCAGCAAUGUUCCAUCCAUCCAUCCAUCCAUUUUCUUCGGCUUAUCCGGGCCUGGAUCGCAGGGGCAGCAGUCUCAGUAGGGAAGUUCAGAUUUCCCGGGCCCCGGCCACCUCCUCCAGCUCCACCGGGUCGACACCUAGGCGUUCCCAUGUCAGCUGUGAGACAUAAUCCCGCCAGUAUGUCUGAGGUCUGCCCCGGGGCCUCCUCCCGGCUGGGCAUGCCCGGAACAGCUCACCAGGAAAGCGUCCGGGAGGCAUCUGAACUACAUGCCCGAGCCACCUCAACUGGCUCCUCUCGAUGUGAAUGAGCAGCGGCUCUACUCUGAGCUCCUCCUGGAUGACCGAGCUCCUCACCCCAUCUCUUGGUGAGUCCAGCCAACCUACGAAGGAAACUAAUUUCGUCUGCUUGUAUCCGCGAUCUCAUUCUUUUGGCCAUGACCCAAAGUUCAUGACCAUAGGUGAGGGUGGGAACGCAGAUCAACCGGUAAAUUGAGAGCUUUGCCUUCCGGCUCAGCUCUCUCUUCACCACAGUGGUCCGGUACAGCGACCGCAUUACUGCAGACGCUGCGCCAAUCCGCCUGUCGACCUCACGCUCCAACCUUCCCUCACUCAUUAACAAGACCCUGAGAUACUUGAACUCCUCCAGCUGGGGCAGGACCUCAUUCCCAACACGGAGGGUGCAAUCCUCCUUAUUCCGACUGAGAACCAUGGCCUCAGAUUUGGAGGUGCCAAGUCUAAGGUGCUGAAGUUUCACACUCAGCUGCAAACCGCCCCAGUAAAGGUUGAAGGUCACAGCCCAAUUAAGCCAGGCGAGAUCCUUAGGCCCCCGAACUGGACUGCCUUGACGCUUUGGCUGCCCCGAGAAAUUCUGUCCAUAAAACAGAAUCGGUGACAAAGGGCAGCCUUGGCGGAGGCCAACGUUCACCUGAAACAGGCUUGACUUUCUGCUGGCAAUGCGAACCAGGCUCCUGUUCCGAUUGUGCAAGGACCGAAUGGCACGUAGUAGCGAGCCACCAAUUCCGUACUCCUGGAGCACCCCCCACAGGACACCAUGAGGGACACGGUCAAAUGCCUUUUCCAAGUCCACAAAGCACACGAAGACCGGUUGGGCAAACCCCCAUGUACCCUCCAGUACCCUUGCGAGAGUGUAGAGCUGAUCCAGUGUUCCACGACCGGGACGAAAACCACAUUGCACUUCCUGUAGCCGAGGUUCAACUAACAGUCCGCAAUGUUACUUAUUGCAAUUUUUGCGACGGCCCACUAGGUCCCCAACUUACGAACACAAUUGGUUCCAGAUGACCGUUCUUAUGUCGAAUUGUUCUUAAGUAGGGGAAAAGGUAAUAUUACCAAUGAUAUAGGUACUACAUGUACGUGUAUACAUAUACAGUAUAUGUGUAUGUAUGUAAAUAUGAGUUUGGAUGCAGUAGUAAUAUUAAACCAGGAUAAUUAAUGAAAAAAACAAUAAUAAAAGUGAUAUAAUAAUACAUAAUGAUAAAUGUUAUUUACCUUUGAAGAGGAGUGGUCGAGCAUACGUCGUCGUGGUGGAGGAGGAGGGGGAGUUAUUGAAAAAAAGGACAAAUGGUCGUCGUGGUUAGACUCUUCUAAAAGAGGAAGUGUUCUGUGGGUGGUGUAGAAUUAAGCAGGCCUAUUAACUCUUCAUAAACUUUAAUCACACGCUCUGUCCGGGUUGCAUCAUACAACUACAAUUUAGCUUUCCAUUUAGCUUUCUCUCUGCAGCGUCUGUUGGUCCCAUUUGCAGAGUCACAGUGCCCUCUACUGGUCAAGCAUGUAGCAGUAUAAAUACUGAUAGAGCGACUACAAGGCAAAUUAAAAUAAAAUAUAGACCAGUAGGCUUGUGUUCGUAAUGUUCGCAAGUCGGAUGUUCGUAAGUUGGGGAUCUAGUGUAUCGGUUUUUGUUAUAGCGAACAAACCUGAUACCGAUAUUACAUCCUUAUGCCAAUAUGGGGACGAUAUUAUCGGACAUUCCUAGCAUUGAGUUAUCCCAGUGAUGAUGUCAAGCUAUGACUUGACGCUAUCACUAUCCCAACGAUGCACCCAGUGGUGAAAACGCAAACCUACUUGUGGCGUCAAAGCAGCGUCAGAAUUCGCACACGUAAAAUCCACAGCACUCUCUACGCACAUGGUCCCUCUCUGUGCCUUUAACACACUCGGCACACUCGGAGUUUUGGCACUCUUGGUUAUUAAAAACCGUGGUCUUUAAGCGCCCCAAUCAUGGUUUUUAUGUGUGAAAUUUGGCACUGUAUUGACGCCACACCUACUCAGUCAGCACUUAAUGAUCCGAACCAUACUGCCACAAACCGAACAGCACCGGGCCACUUGGUGGAAAAGAUGGCUCCUGUGUUAACGAUGUGUGGUCGCUCACCGCUCCAAACAGUCGUCCGUCUCUGUUCAUGGCCAGGUAGCGGUUGGCACAAACCCCUUUGAUGACCACCUCCCCCACUGAGGUCGCCUGCAGCUGGAGUGUUACUGGGAGGGGACAAAGUAGUAGAAGAGUUGGUGGAAUAGAUAUCACACCGAUACAUAGUAGAUGCCGCUUUUCGUAGGGGUUCUGUUCUGCUCCUCCAGUGGUACCCGCGCAUGCUGUACAUUUGACCUGUAUUGUCACAUAUUUUUAAAUGAUUACCAAAUGAUAGCGAAUGAGAUGACUGUACUCUUACAGUUUACUUUUAUGUGGUUAUUUGGUUACUAUGGUGCUCCCGGAACCAUGGGAACCACUAGAAAGUUUCUCCGAUCAGCCCUGAACACCUGAAGUAAUUAAUGGAUGCCAGCGUACGUACAUUGCUAAACCUCACUGCCUGACAGCUUGCGAGCUGGACAUCGAGUUGAGAGCCCCGCCUUUUAGCUCGAUGGGCAGCGCUCUCAACUCUCACGCCGCACACUUCAGUGCGUGGGGCUGGCCGUACGAGACGGGUUACAAAUGGGUGGAUCGACUACACAUUGAUUCACACCAGUCUUUUUAUAGCUGUGGUGCCUUUGAACCCACUUAGUGCGUUUUCCGGGGUUGUUGUCAAGUCUAACCACGGCUUAGCGGUCUAAAUCACUGGAGCAGUUCGGUUUCGAGGUGAAAAGCAUUCAACCAAUCCCAUGCCGCCAAAGCACAGCGCCCCCGUGAUCAAAAGGUCCAUUUGGGGAACAAUCCCUCAAAAAACUUUGGUACAACUUUAAUCUGGAACGAAGUCGAAGAGAAGAAAGUAGUACUUAUACUAAUAAAUGAAAUGUGAUGUAAUCCCAACAUUUUGGCAACUACACUUGCCUUUUCAACAAAAGUAGCAUUGACGGAGCUCUGCUGAGAUGCCGCUACCAGAAUAAAACCAUCAUGUGAAAAAGUUCAUUGAAUAAACAACACAUGCACUUCCCAAGCGAAGUGUGCCUUUCGUCCAAACGACUGCACACUCUGGUUUGUAUCACUGAUAGCUCUGACUCAUUGUUAUUGAAGCUUAACUCAAUUACCUUAAAAUACUGUAGCUCCUUGAAUUCAAAUCAGGUAUUUGUUUAGGUGCAGCUCUUUCCAAAUGUCACACUGGCUCCCCGAACAAAACAUUUCCCAAACAUUCGUUUUCCUCAGGAAUGUUCAUGGCCGCCUCCCUCCAUCCCUCCCCUGCUGCGACCUAUGAUGCUCCUUAAAAGAAUUCACUGUUUGUCAUACACACCAAACAAUGCUGGAUGCACCUGUGACUAACGGAGAAUGAAGUUUGGCUUUGGUAAAAACCUUCAUGAUGAACAUAUGAUUCUCAGUCAUGCUGUCUAAAUGUAUGUUUCGGCAAUUUGACACACUUUGAUUGAUCUGUAUUUUGUAUUUGGGACAACUAAAAGUAGGACACGUGAGGUUCCUGUGGGUUUGUGUACCUG